AUUGAAUAAAUACCCUGAAGCAGCACGUUAUUAUUUUUGUUUUUUGGACAUACAUUAUCUGUUUAUUCUGUACUUGAUGCCAAGGGGAGGGAAUAGGAAAACAGCGGAGGAUUAUAUAUAACAACUCUGACCGUGUCUGGCGAAUCGAAGAGACGGACGGUCGGUCAGGAGAGAUGGCUGCUGCUGCCCCCAACGGCAACGGCAACGGCAACGGCAACGGCAACGGUAACGGCAACGGCAACAGCAACGGCAACGGCCACCAUGCCGCCGCCGCCGAGGAUGACACACCGCCCUUGUUCACCCUCAAGCCCGUCCCCGUCGAGAACCUGCGCCCACUGCGCGUCGUCGUCGUGGGCGCCGGGUUCGCGGGCAUCCUGGCCGCUAUCAGGAUACCCGAGAAGCUGCGCAACAUCGACCUGACCGUGUACGAGAAGAACGACGGCGUCGGCGGCGUGUGGUUACUGAACAAAUAUCCUGGCGUUGCUUGCGACAUCCCGUCCCACUCGUACCAGUACUCGUUCGCGCCCAACCCGCGCUGGUCCAACCUCUACGCGCCCGGCAGCGAGAUCCGGCAGUACCUCGAGGACGUGGCGGCCAAGUUCGGCGCCACGCGCUUCAUCAAGACGGCGCACGAGGUCGAGCACUGCGCCUGGGACGCCGCCGCGAAGCAGUGGAAGCUCCGCGUAAAGAACCUCGCCACGGGGGCCUCGUUCGACGACGCGGCGCACGUCGUGGUGACGGCGCGCGGGCAGCUCAAUCAGGCCAAGUGGCCGGCGAUCCCGGGGCUCGACAAGUUCCCGGGAAAGGUCAUGCACUCGGGGGAGUGGGACGAGAGCUACGACUUCGGCAACAAAAAGAUCGGCGUCGUCGGCAACGGGAGCAGCGCGAUCCAGAUCAUCCCGAGCCUGCAAAAGGUCGAGGGCGCGUCGCUGACGUGCUUCAUGCGCUCGCCGACGUGGAUCUCGUCGGCCUUUGGCGACCAGGCCAUGGCGCUGCUCGGCCUCGACCCGGCUGUCACGGCGUUCACGCAAGAGCAGUGCGACACGCUCGCGGCCGACGCAGCACAGUACCUGCAGUUCCGCAAAGUGUUCGAGGACGGCGGCAACCUGAUCCACGAGUCGACCGUCCUCAAAGCGCGGAUGCAGACCGAGGUGGAGGCCGUGUUCAGGGCCGGCAUGGCUUCGGCGCUGGCGGGAAACCCAGCGCUGGCCGCGGCACUGAUCCCUAACUUCGCGCCGGGGUGCCGGCGGCUGACGCCGGGCAAGGGGUUCCUCGAGGCGCUGCUCGCGGAGAAUGUCGAGACCGUGUUCGGGGAUGGGAUUGUCUGUGUUGGUGGUGGCUCUGAAGGGGGAGAGGGAGUGGUGGAGCUAGCCUCGGGGCGCCAAGUGACAAACGUCGACGUGCUGGUGUGCGCGACGGGGUUCCACGUGUCGGCGCCGCCGAGCUUCGAGGUGGUCGGGCGGGGCGGGCAGACGCUCGCACAGCGGUGGGCGGCGCUGCCCGAGAGCUACCUGUCAGUGGCGGUCGACGGGUUCCCCAACUACCUAAUGAUGUUUGGGCCCAACUCGGCGAUCGGGUUCGGCAGCCUGACCAAGAUCCUCGAGGCCGAGGCCGACUACGUGGUGGCGGCGAUCCGCAAGCUGCAGAAGGAAGACUACGCGGCCAUGGAGCCCAAGGCGGCGCGCGUGCGCGACUUCUCGGCCUACGUGGCCGCUUAUUUUCGUAACACUGUCUACCUCGACGACUGCCGCAGCUGGUACCGCCGCGGCGACCACAUUGUUGGCCUGUGGCCCGGGUCGACGCUGCACGCGCUCGAGGCGUUGCGGUCGCCGCGCUGGGAGGACUGGGUUUAUGAGGCCGUCAGAGACCCAGAAGACGGGGGGUCUGACAACGCGCUGCGCUGGCUCGGCAACGGCUGGAGCACGACGCAGACCAGCGGCGACCCUUCGUGGUACAUCAACCCGGACGAGGUCGAGAUCCCCUACGGCAGCAGACCCGAGGAGAACCCUCGUUACAAGGCGCGGCCGUGGUCGUACUGAGAUGCGCCCGUGGCUUUGGGGUUCUAGCGGAGACAAAUAUUUUCUCAAAAAAGGGUUAAGAAAUAUUUGAGAUCACUAUACUCGUUUGAGAUCUUGUAGAGUUGAAAUCUUGCAGAGCUGUAAUUUUGUCUUUCAUGUCAACAACACCUUGAAGGGGGCCAAGGCAGAAAAGAGGCCAGGAGCAGGGGUGAAGUCAGGGCAAGAGAUUUGACAGUACACCCUUUCAGACCGAAUUUCACCAGCGACUCAUUCGG